ACUAUCCGGCAGCUGGGGGCGUUUCCACAGCAGCAGAGGCAGAGUACUUACAUUUGAGAGGGAGACAUUGGAGAUAGCACUGCAAAGUGUGAAAUGUUCGAUGAUUUCAUUUGGCUUUGGUUCUGACUAUUAUCCUUACAAGCUGCUUUGUGAACAUGAAGCUGCCAGAAUUAAAAGACACAAUUAGUCGCUUCAGAUUUGCACAAUCCUGUGUGGGUCUAAGUGGUUGCCUGUGUGUGUCCUACGCUGUCUGGACACCAUUCUGGUUCAAGCAGGAGGGACUCUGGAGGGACUGGAAUACCACAAAGGACGACCGAGGCGGUGACGGUGUGGCCUUUGACGGAGGUGUGGGGUGGCAGAGGUGGGACCAAGUCAUUGUUUUGCAAGUCACAACCCUGGAAGCAGAGAGAGUGUUUGGGGUUUUGUCCUUCCUGUUGGCCCUGAGCACGGGGGCUCUCUCGCUGGUCUUUGCUCUCUGUUGGACAUCUCAGACGGUGCGAUCCUACUCCAACACCCGCUCUCUACUCAUGGUCGGCCAGGCCCUCUACCCCACGACCUUGCUCCUCCUCACCAUGUUCUCCACAGGUUUCUUCUUCCUCCUCAGCUGGUCAAUAUUCACCUAUCAUCAUAGGGAAGAAAUCAAGCAGGACUUCUCCUCCUUGGGCUCCUCCUAUUGGUUCGGGGCUUUAGGCUGGACCCUGCUAUUAGUUGUGGAGACGAUCAUCUUUGUGGCCGAGCAAGUGAUCGUGCCGGACAUUCUGGAAGACCUGGAAAAAGCAGUGCGGUCAUGGCGGGUCACUUCUAAGCCGAGUCGCUGCUUCAGCGAUGGGUAUUGUCAUCCUGCACACAGUCACAAUAAACUAGCGCCAAAGAGGUUCAUGUCAGCACCCGGACAACUUCACAUGAACACACAGACUUAGAGGGACAUAUACAAACAUAAGGACCCAUUGUCCCGUUUGCGCUUUAGUGUUUUUUUACCCACUUGAAGUUACGCACGUUUCUCCACCGAUCCUGCCUGCGGACACGCUCACCUUGUGUACAGUAAGUCAGGCCAAAGUGCGUAAAUCGUGAAUGAAGGCAGGCUCUUCACUAAAGGAUAGGAUAGGAUAGGAUCGGUCUUUAUUGUCAUCGCACAAGUACAACAAAACUUUGUUUUCAGCACAAACCUGUUCAAGAUUAGACAAACAAACAGUGUACAGGCUUACAGAACAAGAACGCUGAUGGGUCGCCAUAAGGCGCCCCGUAAAAGAUGGGAAAAAGGUCAACGCUGGGGAAGGAUGAGUAAAACUCUGUACUCAGCCAUGCAAUCAUUUGUCCAUAUAGUUGCAUGUGUGUGUGUGUGUGUGUGUGUGUGUGUGUGUGUGUGUUUCUGUUUGGUAUCUGUGUCCGUGCGUAUGUACACUAUAUUGUCAAAAUACGAAGGUCCUGCAGUCCUGGGUUCAAAUCCACGCUCGGGAUCUUUCUGUGUGGCGUUUGCAUGUUCUCCCCGUGAAUGCGUGGGUUCCCUCCGGGUACUCCGGCUUCCAAAGACAUGCACCUGGGGAUAGGUUGAUUGGCAACACUAAAUUGGCCCUAGUGUGUGAAUGUGAGUGUGAAUGUUGUCUGUCUAUCUGUGUUGGCCCUGCGAUGAGGUGGCGACUUGUCCAGGGUGUACCCCGCCUUCCGCCCGAUUCUAGCUGGGAUAGGCGCCAGCGCCCCCCGCGACCCCGAAAGGGAAUAAGCGGUAGAAAAUGGAUGGAUGGAUGGAUUUGACCACCAAGCCAAAUGAUCUUAAUCAGGUGUCCUAAUCACUUGUCCCGGCCACAGGUGUAUAAAAUCAAGCACUUAUGCAUGGAGACUGUUUCUACAAGCAUUUGUGAAAGAAUGGGCCGCUCUCAAGAGCUCAGUGAUUUCCAGUGUAAAACGGUCAUCGGAUGCCACCUGUGCGACAAAACCAGUCCUGAAACUGUCGGCUUUAUAAUAAGAAAAUGGAACCGUUUGGGAACAACAGCAACUCAGCCAACAAGUGGUGGGCUAUGACAGAGGGCUCAGCGGAGGAAUUAUGGUGUAGGGUUGUUUUUCAGGAGUUGGGUUUGGCUCCUUAGUUCAUGUGAAAGGAACUUUGAAUGCUCCGGGAUACCAAAACAUUUUGGACAAUUCCAUGCUCCCAACCUUGUGGGAACAGUUUGGAGCGGGCGCCUUCCUCUUCUAACCUGACUGUGCACCAGUGCACAAAGCAAGGUCCAUAAAUACAUGGAUGACAGAGGAUAGGAUAGGAUCGGUCUUUAUCGUCAUCGCACAAGUACAACAAAACUUUGUUUUCAGCACAAACCUGUUCAAGAUUAGACAAACAAACAGUGUACAGGCUUACAGAACAAGAACGCUGAUGGGUCGCCAUAAGGCGCCCCGUAAAAGAUGGGAAAAAGGUAAACGCUGGGGAAGGAUGAGUAAAAAAAUACAAUCUAGACUGGGCUCCUAAGGAAGCCCAGUCUGGAGUGGGAAAAAACCUCCAUAGCAAAGCACAUAUACAUAUUACAACAUACAUCUCGAGAUAUCUAGCAACAGAGGGAAGGUAGUUCAAGGUCAUGGUGGUAGGUCGCAACUCUCAGGCGCUGACCCUCCAUUCAUCACCCCUACGGGAUUUGCGUCGAGGGCGUUGGGUUGGAGGUGUUGAAUGAGUGGCAUAUAUUUUUUUGUGUGUGUGUGUGUGUGUAUAAGCCCGUAGUGUGUCUCUGUUCCGCGGCCUUGAUGUAUUGUGCAGUCGCUAGUCCAAAGUCAACAACAACAGGUGUGUGUCCAUGAGAGACAAGAAGGGAGUUUGUUGUGUCUUCGCUGCAGUGUCCUUUGGGAGAGUCUCGAAGCCAGGGAAACAAUCCAAGUUAGAAUGAUUUUGUAUGCGAGUGAAAAUAAAAUUAGCUUUUCACUCCAAA